AUGCACUUCGCCAUGCCGCCGCGCAAAACGUCGCGGCCCCCGCCAUACGCCGCACGGAAUCAGAGCUCGCUACCUAUACCACCCGCCCUGAAGAACCUGCUCCGGGGAGGAAAGCUGCGGACGACUGCACUGGGAAUACUGGGCUUCCUCACCCUGAUUUGGCUGUUGCGAAGAACAGGCAGUGAUGCGGGCGCAAACAUACCCAAAGUUGCCAUUGGCUCCGGCCCGCCUGUGGUCGUUGUCACUACCAUAGACCCAAAGGCGGACAGGGUGUGGGCAGACAAGAUCAAGAAGAACAGAGAGGACUAUGCGAAGAAGCACGGUUACUUGACAUUCUUCCCCGAAAAUAAUCAAUACCCCCUCAACAAAUCUCCACACACGUGGUCCAAGGUGCCUGCGCUGCGCCACGCCAUGACACUAUACCCGGGCUCGACAUUCUUUUGGUACCUCGACAGCGCCGCUCUGAUCAUGAACCCCUCGAUCGACCUUCAAUCGCACAUUCUGAAGCCGUCCCGUCUCGAGGAACUCAUGAUCACCAACGAGCCUGUUGUCCCACCGGACAGUGUCAUCAAGACAUUUGGCAACUUGAAGGGUGACAGGAUAGACUUCAUUGUGACGCAGGACAAAGAGGGUUUGGUACCUACCAGUAUGAUUGUCAGGAAUGGCGAAUGGGCAAAGUACUUCCUGGAUGCAUGGUUCGACCCUAUCUACAGGAGCUAUAACUUCCAGAAGGCGGAAUCGCAUGCGCUGGAGCAUAUUGUUCAGUGGCACGGCACCAUCCUUGCCAAGCUUGCUUUGAUCCCGCAGAACAUCCUCAACUCCUACGCAACCGGCCCCUCCAACCCCAAAUUCGGAAAAUAUAAAGAAGGCGACCUCGUAGCCAACUUUCCUGGCUGUGCGCGUGACAAGCAUGACUGCGCGGCGGAGCAGAAGGCCUAUUUCGACAUUCUCGAAAAGGACGAUGACUAA